CAAACAGCUGGCAUGGCAACUUGUCUGCGUUACCCGGGCAAGGUGGUGAUUGUGACUGGUGGCACCAAAGGGAUUGGUCUGGCCAUUGUGAGAGAAUUCGUUCACCAGGGAGCCAAUGUGGUCUUCUGUUCACGGGCCACCGGAGCGGAAAAGGGACAAGAGGUUCAGAGGGAACUGCAGGGUUCUGGGUGCCCAGGGGAUGCUUUCUACCAGGUCUGUGAUGUCCGCAAUGAGUCAGACAUCAAGAGGUUGAUUCGGGUCACUGUAGAACGUUACGGAUGCCUGGACUGCCUGGUGAACAACGCUGGAACUGGUUAUACAGAACAGAUCGAUGACGUGAGUGCCCAAGACUUCCUCAACCUCAUAAAAACCAACACUGUGAGUGGUUUGUUGGCAUCCAAGUAUGCACUGCCCUACUUAUGGGAAACGAAAGGAAACAUCAUCACCAUCGGAAACAUUGUUGGUGUCCUUGGGAAGGAGAAUGGAAACACCGUCGAGAACUCCCGUCGGGGCUCCUCCGUUCUCUCUCCGCCGCAGGGCAAGGGAAGUGCCUCCUCGCCUCUGUUUUCCAAAAAGUCUAACCCUCCCUCGUUUGAUGGCCCUUAG